GAGAGCUUUGGAGCAGCUAUCUGCCACCUCAACACAUCCCACCUGACAGAUGGUGUGCUUUACAGGAGCAAAAGGAUGAUGUUGGACACCCUGGGUGUGGGGCUAAUUGGAACCACGACAGCUGUCUUCAACAAAGCUGUGCAAUACAGCCAGUGCUACAAAUCUGAGGAGAAGAGCAGCGUGUGGGGAAAAUCAAGUUUAACCCUUCCUCCUCCGUACGCUGCGUUUGUCAACGGCAUAGCGGUUCACUCCAUGGAUUUUGAUGAUACUUGGCACCCUGCUACUCACCCCUCUGGGGCAGUUCUGCCUGCCCUGCUGGCCCUGGCAGAGGCCAUGCCCAGCCAGCCCUCCGGUCUAGACCUGCUGCUGGCCUUCAAUGUUGGCCUUGAGGUGCAGGGUAGACUCCUGAGGUUCUCCAGGGAGGCUUGCGACAUCCCUAAAAGAUUCCACCCUCCCUCUGUGGUAGGGGUGAUGGGUAGUGCUGCAGCCUCAGCCAAGCUCUUAGGUCUGUCCCCGACCCAGUGUACCCAUGCCCUGGCUAUUGCAGCCUCCUCUGCUGGGGCUCCAUUGGCCAACACCACCACCCAGACCAAACCUCUUCACAUUGGCAAUGCUGCUCGAAGAGGCCUGGAGGCUGCUCAGCUAGCCCAGAUGGGACUGGAGGGGAAUCCAGGCAUCCUGGAUAUGGACUGUGGGUUUGGAGUUUUCUACUCUGACUACAACCCCACAGAGAUGACGCAGCCUAGCACCAGUGGCUUCAGAUGGACUCUUGAAGACCAGGGCAUAGCCGUGAAGCGCUUCCCCGCCCAUCUGGGGAUGCACUGGGUUGUGGACGCAGCAUUGGCUGCGCGUGCAAAGCUUGAAGGCAGAGUUGGGAACUUUGACCCCAGCCAGAUCAGGGAGGUGACGCUCAGAGUGCCUCCCUCCAAGUACAUUAACUGCCCCUUUCCUGCCACAGAGCACCAAGCCAGACACUCAUUCCAGUUCAAUGCCUGUUCGGCUCUGCUAGACAACAACAUGAUGGUGGGCUCGUUCAGUGAAGAUCAGAUUGGCAGACCUGCUCUGAAGGAGCUCCUGGCCAAAGUCAAGGUGGAGAGCCCAGAAGAUAACCACCCCAGCUUUGACAAGAUGUACUGUGAGGUGGCGAUAGAAACACAGCAGGGGCAGAGUUAUGCAGCCAGAUGCGAUACAUUUUAUGGCCACUGGAGGAAACCACUGAGCCACGAGGACCUGUUAGAGAAGUUCAGGGCUAAUGCUUCCACAGUGCUGUCAUCAGAAGGAGUGGAGGGGACAAUUGAUGCGAUUGGAGACCUAGAGAGAAACAGAGACUGUGCAAGUUUGGGUUCUUAUCUGAAAAAGACAGUUCAGCUAAAUGAGUAG